CUGUAGAGGAUUCUUGCGACUGGUUUUUGCUGCGUCCGCGUUUUCUUGGUCUUGGGUGGAUGUUUAGAUGUUUGUGAGGUGUUUUGGGCAUGGAACCGGCGAAAGAUCCUCCUUUGAUUCCUUUGGCUUCCGUGUUUUUGAUCUUGGGAUGGGUUUUCGUCGUAAACUUCAAAUCUUGAAAGCUCCGGAGUGGAGUUGGAUCUCUCGGUUAUUAAGUUGAAACACGUUUACCGGAAAGUUUCGCAGCAGAAAGGGUAAUGGAGUGAAAGCCCGGAUGUGACAAGUGAGGAGCUGUUAGCUUUCUGAUAUAGCCGGAGUUGGACUUACCUGUUAAAGAAGAAAAAGGUUUGGGGCACAGAUUCCUGAUAAUUUAUGGUUUUGGAGUGAUCAGAAUGCAAUCGUCGACGAUCUUCAAGAAUCAUGGAGUUGGUCAGCUACUGGUUUCGCAGACGCCUCAGGCUCCAUUGGUGCCUUAUUGGGUUGGAACUCAACCUCUCCAUGGGGAACCUCUCGGCCAGCUAAAGUCUGUUACAGGGGACCAUAUCAAUGUGGAGGAGCAGCUACCUGUAGUGUCCCGACGAGUAAAUCGUUUUGUAGUUGCAGGGCUUGGACCAGGGCUGGGGUUCGAAAUCCCAGAGAAAGGGGGUAAUAGUACUGCUAAUUGCUCAAAUUUCCCAGACCACAAGGACUUGGGAAAAGAGCAGAAGACUCAGCAAUAUUUUGCUCCCUUCUCUCUACAGUCAUCAUUACCUGAGAAUCCAGGGCAUUUCAAACAGGGACUUGGCCAUUCUGUCGUCUGUCCAAGUCAUUCUUAUGUUGACCAGUUCUACGGCUUGUAUGCAACAUAUGGAGCAGCUCAAGCAAUGCAUGGGCGUGUGCUUUUACCAAUGGAUGCGACAACUGAUGGACCAAUCUAUGUGAAUGCAAAACAGUUCUACGCAAUUCUUCGUCGCCGCAAAGCUCGUGCCAAGGCUGAGAAACAGAACAAAUUGGUCAGAGUUAGGAAGCCAUAUUUGCAUGAAUCACGCCACCUUCAUGCGAUGCGCCGAGUGAGGGGCCGUGGUGGUCGAUUCUUGAACACAGAGAAGGUGAAAGACACAAUGCCUCCUCGUCCUGCCAUGUCUCCGAGUUCUGAAAUCCUGCAGCAUGACAAUGUAAACCUGAAAUCAGCCAGUGGCGGAUCAGAGGUGACGAGCUUGUAUGAACAGGAAAACAUUGAUCACUUCAGCAUCAUUGAGCGCCUGCAUGCAUCUGUUCUUCAUCCUCUGUCAAAUAUGGUGAAUGGAGGAGGACAAGGAAGUGGCGUCAUCCAUAACAACUGGGGUGCAGCAGCUGAUGGCUGCUGUGAUCUCCUCAAAGUCUGAUGAGAUGGAUACUGGGAGGGUGGUCGAACGUUGAGAGCGGUGGCAGCACAACCUUUCGAUUCCCCCUCCGAAACUUCAUACAACCAGAUGGAAGAGCUGGCCGCCUGUCAGAUAUGGCACAGGGUUUGAUCUUACCAUCAUUUGGUUGUUCUCCGAAGGCAAAUCAUUCUUGGCUUAUCUGCAUUUGUGACUUCCAAUCAGCUGAUAGCUAUAUAAGUCGAGCCGUCUUAGAUAGCGGUACUGAUGAUGGAAGUCCUCUAAUGCACUGUAAAAAUAGGACAGGGUUUGUGCGUCUUUGCGCAAUAUAAAGAAUCAGAACCGUGUGUCGAUCAAAUAAUUAUGUGUCGUGGCUGUGACAUUGUAAGGUACUGUUCUAUAUGUGAAUGAUUUCUUAUUCUGGA